AACAUAUUAAACACAUACAUCGACAUGAAUAAUAAACCCGACUCAAAUCUCAACGAGGAUUUAUGCGAGGCGCAAAAGGAAAUAGACACGAUUAUGUUGUGUUUGUUGUACAGUGUAACAAGUAGAACAAUGACAGGCCCUGCUAGAGACGCAAUAAUAAAACUUAUUACGGGUAACAUUCAUUGCGUAACUAUGUUAGACUGGGCCAAACGAUUUGUCGAACUUCGUGGUGUGCAAAGAUUAAUGGAGGUAGCCAGUGAAAUGGAGGAAUACAAUUCUGAGUCUUUGCUAAACAUCACGUCUUCCACGCGAACUAUAACCAGUGUGUGCUUAGCAAUGGUAUAUAAAAACGUUUGUAAGAACUAUGAUGAUGAGAAAACAUUUACCAACGCCAUUGAUGAAUUUAUUGAAGAUAAAUUGCAUUCGCCUGACAUACAAUCUAAAGUGCGUGUUGUAGUUGCGAUAACAACCUUAUUAUUCGGCCCGUCAGAUGUUGGAAACGUAGUUGUGGCUAAAGAAGGGAUUUUAGAGAUGAUCCUCGUUAUGGCGGGAACGGAUGAUAUAUUGCAGCAGACAGUGGCUCUCGAAUGUAUCGUUGCCGCUGUGACCAGAAAAGACAAGGUCGACGCGAUCAUAAACCGAGGUGUGAAUAUAUUGAAAAAGCUGUGUCAAUCUAAGGAUGAUUCAAUUCGGGUUCGAGCGUUACUGGGUUUAAGUAAGUUAGGUAGUUCCGGAGACCCAGACGCGACUAUCAGACCGUUUGCAGAUGGAGUGACUAAGGAAUUAGCCAAGGCUUGCAGACGAUUGUUGAUUAAUCCAAAGAAAGAAAAAAAUAUGAGAAAAUUGGCCAUAAAAGGUCUGUCAUAUCUUACUUUUAACGCCAAGAUCAAAGCGGAGUUGAUCGAGGAUCAAGAAGCCAUUCAUACGAUGAUCGAGAUUGCCAAGACUGGUGAUCAAUCGGUUCUAUUCGGCGUGCUUACGACGUUG